AAAAAUUCAAUUUAAAAUAGAAGAAAAUUUAGUGUUCUUCCCCAACUUCCCCCAAUUUCUAAAUAAUUGAAAGAGACACAAGAUAAACGUCGACAAUAAAAGAUCGAAGAAGAUAAAAGAAUCGAAGGAACAUAACCGUUCAUUUUGAUUUGGACGUACGAAAAUAAACGAAGUCGAACGAGGCAAGAUGGGCUGGCAAGCGAGCAACGACACCGUCCUCGAUACCGGUAAUUACGUGUUGAACGCGUUGAAUUAUAUUAACAAGUUGAACGAAUCCCUGAACACCGAGGCGAUCAAGUGUCUGCAACUGAAGCACGAGGAGGAAUUGCAGAUGCUAUCCGUUGGAAAACGGCCGGAGGACGAGCCGGGAUGCGAAAUUAGCUGGGAUUCUUUGCUGUGUUGGCCGAGAACGCCUCCGGGAAUGUUAGCCACGCUGCCCUGCCUCGAAGAACUCAACGGUAUCCGGUAUGACAGCACGCAAAACGCGAGCCGUUUAUGCAGACCGGACGGCACCUGGAACAACUACAGCAACUAUAGCCUCUGCCGGGAUCUUCGGGAACCGGAUAUCGAAGGAGGAAUCGAAAUUAUAUCGACGAAGAUUUAUUUCGUCGGAUACAGCAUCUCGUUGUUCACUUUGAUCAUUGCUGUUUCCAUUUUCCUUUAUUGCAAAGAACUGAGAUGCAUCAGGAACAACAUACACACGAACCUAAUGUUCACCUACAUUCUCGCCGACUCCAUGUGGAUUUUGAACAACGUGAUACAGCUCUCCAUGCAGCCGGAUGUACCUACUUGUGUGGUGCUUUUGUCUCUGCUGAAUUAUUUCCAACUGACCAAUUAUUUCUGGAUGUUUGUGGAAGGAUUAUAUCUGUUUCUCCUGGUAGUGAAGACUUUCACUGGUGACAAUAUCAAGCUCCGACUAUGCCUCAUCAUAGGCUGGGGGAUGCCGGUGCUGUUUAUCGCCAUGUGGGGAAUCGCAAAAUCGCUCGAUCAAAAUAUUAUGAACCAGCCCAACCAGGAAGUCUAUCUUGGAAAACAUUGUCCAUGGAUGAUAUCGCACCCUUACGACUGGUUUUAUCAAGCGCCGGCCAUUUUGGUGCUGUGCGUGAACGUGGUAUUCCUGUUCAUGAUAAUGUGGGUGCUAAUAACGAAGCUAUGGUCAGCAAACAACGCAGAAACUCAACAGUAUCGAAAAGCUAGCAAAGCUUUGCUGGUGUUAAUACCGCUGUUGGGUGUAACUUAUGUGCUGGUACUAACCGGACCAACCGAGGGUCAGGUUGCUAAUGCAUUCUUCUACUCUCGUGCUGCAUUACUUUCGUCGCAGGGCCUGUUCGUGGCGAUGUUUUACUGUUUCCUGAACACCGAAGUUCAAAACACAGUGAAACACCACAUCGAACGAUGGACCACUGCCCGUGAUCUGGAUACCGAAAGAAGGUAUUAUAACAAUUGCUCCCCCCGUUCGGGAACAGAAAGUAUAAGAUUACAUUGUCCCCCGUCGAAUCCGUACAGAAAAAGGAACUCGUCUGUAAGCGAGACGACGACCACCACCGUGAUAGGGUUCAAUUCGACCACCACGUUCCUAGACAAAUCGAAGAAGCCGAUCUCGGAGGAUCUUAACGAAUAAGAAUCCGUGUAUCUAGUCUUUUCGACGAAUCGAAUUAGAAGGUAAUACCUCGUCUAAACACGCCAGUUCCUAAACUUAUUUCCGAAACUUGUUUAAAGAAACGUGAAUCGAGGGAGAAAGCAAAUUCUAAUAUAGUGUGAAUCCAUUCGUUGGAUUUUAUCUUUUAUAGAAAGUAAUUGAAAGAUGGUUGAAAUUUGAAUGAAUUCUACGGAGACUUCACAGCGUUUAGACUAUUUAUUCGAAACUUAUAUAGAAAAAUAUAUUUAUAAAGAUGUCGUUAAGGAAUAUUCUUUCGCAUUUCGAAACAUCGUUUCACUCCUUCGACUCGAUAUUCCCAUGAAAUUAAACAGAAACAGGCGUCAUUCUGCUUUGACUAAAAUGUUUAAUAAUAUUUACAGAUUUGUUUGUAAGCAGUCUUAAUUUAUACAUAGAAGAGAUUUGUUACAGAAGGAAUUUUUUUAAUUUACUAAGUCAGCACUGUUUUGUUAAUAUUUUAUAUUAUUUGCCAUCUAUAAUUAUACUAAACUGUUAAUAGCAUCUUGCAAGCUAAUUACUUUUACUAUACUGACACAAAACAGAGCUCAAAUAACAAAGCGCAGAUAAAUUAAUAAAUAUAAAAUUGAGUAUAAUACAAUUAUAACUUGUUAUGUACAACUAGCUUGUUAUUUACUGAAAAUAUUAACCCUGAGCACUUGGUUAUUAGCAAAGAUAUUUUUGCUGUAAUUAGAUAUCAAUUUUAAAACUUUUCAGCUAAAAAGUUUUAUGAAUUCACUAUGUCUCUGUUAUCAACUUUAGUGUCUGCUAUGUGUACACACCAUAUGCACUAUAGAUUUAGUAGAAAAAUAUUUACUUCAAAUUGUUGUGCCAAACUGAAUAGUAAGUGUGAGUCACACUAUACAUUUAGUUAAGAGAUAUUUAUUUCAAAUUAUUGUAUCAAACUGAAUGCUGACUAUGCGUCGCACUAUAAAUUUAAUUAAAAAAUAUUUAUUUCAAAUUAUUGUACCAAACUGAAUAGUGACUAUGCGUCAUACUAUAGAUUUAGUUAAAAAAUAUUUACUUCAAACUAUUGUACCAAACUGAAUAGUUAGUAUGCGUCACACUAUACAUUUAGUUAAAUAAUAUUUAUUUUAAAUUAUUGUAUCGAACUGAAUAGUGAGUAUGCGUCACACUAUAAAUUUAACUAAACAAUAUUUAUUUCAAAUAGUAAUAUAAUACUGAAUAAUGAGUAUGAGUCACCUCCCAAGUGCAAAGGGUUAAUUUCACUACAUAUAUACAUAUUACAUUUCCACACAAAAAAUUAUUCUAA